CAACAUAGAAAAUUUUGUCUGGUACCACCUCCGUGGUAUCUCAUGUACAAAUAUCUUUAUACUGAUCCAUUGAUAUGUAAGGUUUACACUGAAGGGUUAGAAAGCACUUAGUGGUUUUUGGAAGCCAGAGCUAAAACUUGAAAGGUGAGUUGAUAUCUUCAGCAAAUGGUUGAAUGUUUCUGUACUGGGGGAGAACCUUGACCAGUUACUGAUGUGAUAGGAGUUGAAAGUAAGAUUAUGAAAGGUUUUUGUAAUGGAGGGAAACAAAUGGAAACAGCACCCAAAAUCAAUUAUUUUGUUAUUAUGGCAAUAAACCAGCAGUAUAUGUCAUUCAAUAGGUGCCACGUGGCAAACAGGACCUGUCCAAAAAAUCAUGUCUGGAAUAAUCAAAUUUGCAGAUGUUUGGCACAGCAAGAUUUUGGUUUCUCUUCUCACCUUGGAGAUUCUGACACAUAUGAAGGAUUCCAUAUUUGUGGGCCCAACAAAGAGCUGGAUGAAGAAACCUGUCAAUGCGUCUGUAAAGGAGGUGUGCGGCCCUCAACCUGUGGCCCUCACAAAGAAUUAGACAGGGCAUCAUGUCAAUGCAUGUGCAAAAACAAACUGCUCCCCGCUUCCUGUGGGCCCAACAAAGAAUUUGAUGAAGAAAAGUGCCAAUGUGUAUGUAAAAAGACCUGUCCCAAACAUCAGCCACUGAAUCCCGCAAAAUGCAUCUGCGAAUGUACAGAAUCUCCCAAUAAAUGUUUCUUAAAAGGAAAAAGAUUUCAUCACCAGACGUGCAGUUGUUACAGACCGCCAUGUACAGUCCGAACGAAACGCUGUGAUGCUGGAUUUUAUUUUAGUGAAGAAGUGUGCCGCUGUGUACCCACAUAUUGGAAAAGACCACUUAUGAAUUAGUGAAGAAAGCUACUUCCUAUUUUGGUGUACAUUUUUUCCAUUAGAAUGAAAGAACAACAGAAACUUUGCAAAUACUUGGAAUUUAAUGUUCACCAGAGACCCUGUGGGGCUUUCACAGACAAACACAUUGUGCUUUUCUCAAGAUGUGGAAAGCCAAUGUAGAAAAUAACGGGGGUUCAUGUUUUAUAAAGAACUCAGUAAGGACUUAUUUUCUGCCAAUGACCAAACAGCCUAGGUUCUACUUCUUGUGAUUUUUUUAAAGAGAUAAUGACUAUAUAAUUUAUUUCCACUAAAACCAUUGUGCAGCAUUUGUUUAUAGCAGUAACAAUUGUUAAAGCUCACUGUGAUCAAUAUUUUUAUAUCAUGCAAAGUAUGUUUAAAAUAAAAUGGAAAUUGUAUUAUAUAAUGAUGAGAAUGUUUGAUCCAUCUGCCUAUGGAAGGGAACUACAACUCAGCUACGUUACCAGAGCCCUAAAAAAGGAAAGAAAGAGGUUAAGAGAAAGCACUUGUAUAAGAGGAAAAAAAAUUCAGAUGUUUCCUUGGAGCUGUUGUAUAUAGCAACAAUAAUACAAAGAGUUAAUAUUUCAUAAUCCAGUGAUACUUCUGCCUUUUGAAUAAAAUCAGCAAAGCAAGGACAGUUAGUAACUAAUGAAAACAUUGCAGAUCUUGCAUGUACCUUGUGCAACCAUAAGGUCCGCAGCAACUAGUUGUGUUCCAAAAUGCACAUUCUUUAAUUUCUUCUUGUCCUGGUUUUAUCAGCAUUCCGUAUCGUGACAUCAUGCAGCAAGCCGUUUGGUGCUGGAGCGCUACGAUUCCUGGGUCCUGUGCUCCUAUCAGUCUCAAAUAUUAUCACAUGAGUUCUGGCCUUCUGAGAGGAAGAUACACUGAGAAGAGAGAGACUACGCUGCCCAGACUACAGUUUUCCAGUACUCACGUGAUUUCCAAUUCUGGGUGAUGGGCAGAUCGCUCUUCCCUUCCAGGAGGCCAGUUGUGAGUAUCUGCCUACAAGAACUUGGACUCCGUCUCUCUCUCUGUAAUAGUGUUGAACAUUGCUCUGUAGAUGUGAGCCAGGCCCCAAAUAAUUUGUUCCUCCUUAGAUUUGCUGAGGCUGCAACCAUGCUGUCUUAAAGCUGCCUAAAAUUUCAGGGUUCUGUAGGUGUUCAGGAGUGAAACUUUAACGCAUCAGGGGUGCCCAUUUCUCUAAGGUCUCUCCCAAGUCCAUCCCCACUCUCUGCCAUUCAGUGCUCUCUGGAUUUGGGAGAGGCUUUUUCCAGAUACUGUAAAUACAAAUACUGAGUAAAAUGAUGUGAAAUGAUUCAGGGAGUUUUACAGCAUGAUUACUGACCAAAAAUUUCAAAAAAUGUGUAAAGGAGUUGAAGGAGAAAGUGGGAGCUUGGUUAAAAGUCGCAUAUUCUAUAAAAUACUUAUUAACUCCCACUGGGGAUAACUUCCAGUGUUAAAAUCAUACCACAUUGUAUAUAGGCACCAGAUAUGUGUUUCCACCAAGUGAUUCUAAUUUUUUAUGCACGCUAGCAGCCAUAAAGAGCAGAGUGACAAACUUAAAAAAGAUCCAGAACAUUCUAAGUACUAAACUCUGAAACGUGAUAGAAUGUAACCCCUUAGCAAGUUGUAUUAAAAGGAAUAAAGUCAGUCUCUUCUUUUCUUUUAACCUAAUAAGAGCAAGUUGGCAUGGUGCCAGAAAUAAUAAAGAUAAUAUA